AUGGAAGAGAGAAAACUGAGGAGAAUAAUUAUGUUCCCUUUACCAUUUCUAGGACACUUCAACCCGAUGAUCCAACUCGCCAGAAUACUCCACAACCGUGGCUUCUCCGUCACGAUCCUCCACACUUCUUUCAACUCUCCCGUUCCUUCUCAGUACCCACACUUCACUUUUCGAACCAUCCAUCACAAGAACGAAGGAGAAGAAGGAGACCCUCUAUCACAAUCAAACGCUUCGGGUAUGGACCUCGUCGCUUUCAUUCGUCAGCUGAGACAGAGUUACGCUGAGCCGUUUCGGAAGUCUCUGGCGGCGGAAGUAGGCGGAAAAGAGAAGGUGUGUUGUUUGGUCUCCGACUCUGUUUGGGCGAGGAACACAGAGGUUGCAGCGGAAGAGGUUGGGAUUCGCAGGUUGGUGUUGACCACAAGUGGUGCGGCGUCGUUUCGUGCUUAUACAGCUUACCCUCUUCUUAGAGAUAAGGAGUACCUCCCCAUAAAAGAUUCUAGAUUGGAUGAGCCGGUGCUAGAGCUUCCACCUUUGAAAGUGAAGGAUCUUCCGGUAAUGGAAACGAGUGAGCCGGAGGAACUAUACCGGGUAGUUAACAGCAUGGUGAAAGGAGCCAAGUCUUCUUCAGGAGUCAUAUGGAACACAUUCGAAGAUCUUGAACAUAUGGAACUCAUGGAUUUUAGCAGCCACUUUCAAGUUCCCAUCUUCCCGAUCGGACCGUUUCACAAACAUAGUGAAAACUCUCUACCUACGAUAAAGAACAAAGAAGACCAUUUGACAACCGACUGGCUCGACGAGCAAGAACCGCAGUCUGUGGUCUAUGUGAGUUUUGGAAGCCUUGCAGAUAUGGAGGAGAAGGAGUUUCUAGAGAUUGCUUGGGGUCUACGAAACUGCGAACGACCAUUCUUGUGGGUAGUUAGGCCAGGGCUUGUCCGAGGGGCCGAGUGGCUGGAGUCAUUGCCUUGUGGGUUUGUGGAAAACAUUGGUGAUAAGGGAAAAUUUGUGAAAUGGGUAAAUCAGUUAGAGGUAUUGGCGCAUCCUGCGGUUGGAGUAUUUUGGACGCAUUGUGGAUGGAACUCGACACUAGAGAGCAUAUCUGAAGGGGUUCCAAUGAUAUGUACACCGUGUUUCACAGACCAGCGUGUGAACGCAAGGUACAUUGUUGAUGUAUGGGAAGUUGGGAUAAUGUUGGAGAGGAGCAAGAUGGAUCGGAAGGAGAUUGAGAAGGUAAUAAGAAGUGGAAUCAUAGGUGAAGGGGAUGGAAUGAGAGAGAGGUGUUUGAAGUGGAAGGAGAGAGCUAUUGUUUGCUUAAGUCAAGAUGGGUCUUCUUCCAAGUAUUUGGAAAGACUUGUGAGUCAUGUCCUAUCUUUUGAUUAA